GCAAAUAUUAUAUCUCACAAACUAAAAACGUAAGAAAAUCGACGGCACAACAAAAACACAAAAAAAAAAUGGAAGACUUCUGGAAGAGAGCGAAGGUAUUCGCAGAAGAAGCAGCAAAGAAAUCCCAAACCCUUACAACUUCUUCCAACACAAUCGCCGAUUUAGUCACUGAAACCGCCAAGAAAUCGAAAGAACUUGCCUUAGAAGCUUCCAAAAAGGCCGAUCAGCUCAAAAUAGCCGCUCUUAAACAAGCCGAUUCGAUCCAAUUCAAGUCCAUUUCCGAUAUUAUCCCUCCUCAGCUAUCCUCUCUCUCCAUCGUCAAUACUAAUGCCUUCUCCUCUGCUUCUUCUUCGGGUUCUGGUCCUGUUGUCUCCGAUUCGGAGCUCCGGAAGUUUGGUGUUACUGAUGAUUUGAGAGAUUUUGUUAAAGGAUUAACUUCUAGUACCUUCCAGAACUUUCCAAUUCAAGAUGAAGGAGAGCCGUCUGAUGUGGAGACAACGGAGUCAAAUGUACGCAAGGAUCUCAGUGAAUGGCAGGAGAGGCAUGCCACUCUUGUUCUCACCACUGUUAAGCAAAUUUCGAAGUUGCGAUAUGAGCUAUGUCCGCGUGUGAUGAAAGAAAGGAGAUUCUGGAGGAUUUAUUUCACGCUUGUCAGCACUCAUGUUGCGACGUACGAGAAGCAGUAUACGGAGGAGGUUAAGCGUAAAGCAGAAGAGCAGAUGAAAGAUGAAAAGGUAAAGGAAAGUUCAGGGGUUGGGGAGAAUUCUUCCAAAUCAGAAUCAACAGAAAAGAGCCUGAAAAGUAAGGCAUCCUCAGAUGAGCAGGAGUUGGACUCGUUUCUUUUGGGAGAUCUUGAAGACAGUGAUGGUGGUCCAGAUGACGGUGAUGUGAGCUUUGAUGAUGAUUUUGACAAGAUUGGCAAUUCUGAUAUUGAAGAUGAUAAACAUUCGAAGAAGGGCACAGGCACUACAAGUUAGAGUGGUGGUACCAUUCAGGAGAUUAUGGAGAGAAGAAUAACUCCUUCAAGGAAUGGAAAAGGACCACCAGAAGGAAAAAGCAAGCAGCGCUUAUUGGUGUUUCUGAAGAGGUGCAUGGUGGCUGGGAAAUAUGUACUUAAUGCUAUAGAUAUCAUGUGUUCUUUCACUUGUUUUAAUGGGGUGAACAAUGGUAGGUUAUGAUGCUGGUAUGUUUAAAAAUUAGGGCAAAUUGACUUGCUUUGUACAGAUUAUUACUUGAUUCAGUUGAUUAAGAAUUUUCAGUUCA